ACAACUGGGUGGAGCCCCAGCAGCAAGGGAAGCCGGGGAUGAGAGGAGGGGGCAAGUGUGGGAAGGGGUGGUUUCACAGGGAGCAGAGGCAUUUGAGCCAGGGCACACAUGCCUCAGCUGUGAGAGGCCCUUCUCCCCUUGGCUGGCUGGCAUCCCAGAGCAGAGGCAGAGAGAGACAGAGACGGUAGAGUGAGAGACGGAGGGUGAAGAGAAAGUUAAAGUGUAAAAAGUAGACUAGGUGGAGGCAAACAAGUGCAGGAGAAAGUUGUCGACUGAAGAUUGGGAAAAGCACCGGGGCCUGAGUUUGUGAUAAUUGUGGCUGAGGUUGUUUUUCACUUGUGUUUAACUGUAGUUAGUGUGCAAGUGGUUUGUAUUUGGAGUUGACAACUAUGGCGGAUACAGGUGUCAAGAAGGAGCACUCAGCUCUGGCAGAGGUGUCUUAUGAUGAUGAUGAUGACGAGGUCGCUCUGGUGGCUGCUGCCACUGAGCCGGCCGUCGAUGAUGAUGACCCUGAUGAGGAUGCCGACUUGGUGCAGGUCACUGGGGGCAAGAGUGAAGCCCAGAUGAACGGGGUCUUGGUUCUCUCUCUGCUAGACAAGAUUAUCGGGGUGGUAGACCAGAUCCAGCAGACCCAGCAGGGCCUCGAGGCCCGACAGGAGGCCAUGGAGAAGUCUGUGUCAUCCAUCCAAGGGGAGCUGUCCAAGUUGACGAAGAACCACGUCGGCACCACCAACACGGUCAAUAAAAUGCUGGAGAAGGUACGCAAAGUCAGUGUCAAUGUCAAGAUGGUGCGCAGCAACCUGGAGAAGCAGGCUGGCCAGAUCAAGAAGCUGGAGAGCAACGAGAGCGAGCUGCUCAAGAGACGCAACUUCAAAGUCCUCAUCUACCAGGUGUGUGUGCAUGUGAGCCUGGUUUUUUAAAUAUCUCAAUAUUCUCAUCAUAUAAUAAAUAGAAAGUAAUAUUUAUUUGAUGAUG